AGAGAGGGAUGAUGAGGCCGCGCAGCGUCCGAGCAGCGAACGAGGAACGAGGCGAGUCACAGGCAUGCUUUCCAUUUUGAUUGAUGAGCACUCAGCAACAUGAGCAGAGUCGAUAAUAUUAAGGCCGAAACUUUGACACGCCGCGCUUCGGCCUCGGCGGUUGCACGGCGGAGGCAGGCCGCACAACGAGAGCAGCCGCUGGACAGGCUGGACUGCACCCCUUUGCAAUCAACAAUCCUCUCUCUCACUGCGUGCAGUAGUGUGGAGUGUGGAGUCACUGCAAGUGCGCGUGCAAGAGUGUGGGAGGCGGGCCCGCAAUUAACGCCGACGCCGGCCAUUCACAUCGCGUCGUCGCAUUAUUCUGAAUUCGACUCUUUUUUUUUUUCGUCUCUGCCAGCGUCCUCCGGAUGGACCACCAGCAAACCACAGGCUGCAGAAAGAGAAAGCUCUUCGGGCAGCCGCCAUCGUCUUGUCUUCGCUGUCUCUCACACACUCUCUGCUUGUGCCUGCGUGUGGACCGAGUCCUGUGUAUGCAGAGUAUGCCCGUGUCAAUACCGAGUCUGUGUCAGUCCGAGUUGCAGAUUCUGCUGGCUGCUGCGCCAAUAAUCAAUAAUGGCACGCUCCACCGAGGUGCAGCCCG